GAGAGAGAGGAGAGAGAGAGAGAGAGAGAGAGAGAGAGAGAGAGAGAGAGAGAGAGAGAGCGCGCGAGCGCUGGAAGUGUGGUCCUGCCUUUUACCCCAGUGGUUGGGAGACAGAGGCAGGCAGAGCUGAGCACCAGACCAGCUUUGGCUGCAUAGUGAGACUCUUUAAAAAAUAAAUAGAGGGGUGAUUAAAACAUAGUAUUUUUUUAUGUGUUUAAUGAUGCUCUGCUCCCUCUUAAUAUUUACUAAAUAUUCCUAAGUACCUGGGCACUCAUUAUAGGCUAGACCUAUCUUGAAGGAUACAGAAGUGAACAAAACCAACAACAACAAUCCCCAUCCUUGCCAGCGGUGGUGGCACAUCUUUAAUCUGGAGGUCUGGAGGUAGAAGCUGUGGGAACUCUGAGUCCUAGACUACAGAUCGAGUUCAAGGACUGCCAGAUUGAGUUCAAAGACACCGAGAAACCUUGUCUUGAAACACCAUCCCCCAACAACAACAACAAAAAAUCCUCCUAAGUUAACAUUGCAGUGGGAAUGACAGGCACUUAGGAUCAUCAUGGGUUACAUAGCCAGUACCAGGCCAGCAGAGACACAUAGCAAGACCUCAUGUCCAAAAUACAUAAAGGAUUGGGGAGAUGGCAGUCAUCGGAGUCCUUACAGCGGAAGCCUGAGGACCCAAGUGCGGACUCAGCACUCCAGUAAAAAGCUAGGCCAGAGCUCAGGGGCCUGUCAUGCCUAGGACUCGCUGGUUUGGCUCAGAAACAAAGGGAAGGGGCUGACAUAGCCCAGUGUACAAACUGCUUGCUGCCUGAGCCUGAGGACCUGACUUGUUCGCCCCAGAACCCACAGAAAUGAAGGGUGUUAAGGCACACGCCUGUAAUCAAAAGCUCGGGGGGAGCGGAGACAAGAGGAUCCAUGGGGUCUUGCAGACCCUAGCGGGAAAAAACGGUGAGCCCCGGGUUCAGUAAGAGAGACCCUAUCUCAAAAACGAAGGUGGAGAGCGACUGGAGACAGCAGACAUCAACGUCCGGUCACACACACACGCACACACACACACACGCACACACACACACACACACACACGCACACACACACACGCACACACGCACACGCACACACACGCACACACGAAGCCAUACACCAAAAGGUCAGGAAAAAAAAAAAACAAAACCACCGCAGGAGUCGCUGGGCUCCCAGUGACGUCACGGCGGCUCUGUGACACAGCUCCUCUGUGACGGCAGCAGCGGGCAGGUCGCAGACGCCAGGGCUGAGUCGGCCGCGCCGCCCGGGGCUCACGCAGGGUCGGACCCGGCCGGCGGCGCGCGGCAGCUGAGGGAGGGCCGAGGGCUUUGGCUGCGGCGACUGCGGCUUCCCGGGGCGGGGGGCGGGCGGCCCCAGGAAAGGAUGCGGCGGAGCCCCCGCCCAGGCUCGGCCGCAUCCUCUCACAAGCAAGCACCCGACUUCUCCAGCGACAACAGCAGCAGUUCCCACAGCGUGACUUCGGGGGACAGCAAUGGGCCCCGCUCCGCGGGGCCGGAGCUCGAGCAGCCCGAGGGCAGAAGGGCCCGGGGCUCGAGCUGUGCUGAGCCCGCCUUAAGCCCAGAAGCGUCCGGAGGAGCCCCACGGGCAGGAAGCUCUCGGCCGAAGCCGGCGCCUCGGAGCCACAAUGGGCAGACCGCCUGUGGCGCGGCAACCGUGAGGGGCGGGGCCUCGGAACCGGCUGGAUCUCCGGCAGGCUUGGAGGAGCAGCUCAGCUUUCUCCCCGCCCUGGAUCUGAGGCAGGAGAUGCCUACCCCGCGGGUGUCGAAGAGCUUCCUGAGCUUCCUCUUUCAGGUGCUGAGCGUGUUGUUAUCGGUGGCAGGAGACGUGCUGGUCAGUGUUUACAGGGAGGUCUGUUCCAUCCGCUUCCUGUUCACUACUGCGUCGCUUCUGAGUGUCUUUCUGGCAGGUGAGGAGCUUUGGUUCCCUGGGGCCCCAGCUCUGCAGGUUUGCAGCCAAAUCCAGCUCACCUGUCCCUGUGCCCCUCUGCCCACUCUAGUGACCCCUGCUUGGCCUCUCACCGUCCUUCUGCGGCCCCAGCCGCCACCCCAGCCCCCUUGGUUUCCUCCCUGUCCCCUUAUACCAGAGGAUGCCCUUCUCUCUCUCCAGCACUCUGGUGGGGUCUCCUGUACCUGGUCCCCCCUUUGGAGAAUCCAGUACCACCAGCGCGUGCACUCUCAGGGCCAGCAGCUGCAGCGGCUCCAGGCAGAACUGAAUAAACUCCACAAGGAGGUGUCCAGCGUUCGUGCAGCCCACAGUGAGAGAGUGGCCAAGCUCGUGUUCCAGAGGCUGAAUGAGGACUUCGUUCGGAAACCUGACUAUGCACUGAGCUCUGUGGGAGCCUCCAUCGACCUGGAGAAGACGUCCAGUGACUAUGAGGACACCAACACUGCCUACUUCUGGAAUCGCUUGAGCUUCUGGAACUAUGCACGGCCACCCUCGGUCAUACUGGAGCCAGACGUGUUCCCUGGAAACUGCUGGGCUUUUGAAGGUGAUAAAGGCCAGGUGGUGAUCCGACUGCCAGGUCAUGUGCAGUUAAGCGACAUCACCCUGCAGCAUCCUCCACCCACCGUGGCACACACCGGAGGAGCCAGCAGUGCACCCCGGGACUUUGCAGUCUUUGGGCUCCAAGUUGAUGAUGAGACUGAAGUGCUCUUGGGAAAAUUCAUCUUUGAUGUGCAGAAAUCUGAGAUUCAGACUUUCCACCUACAGAAUGACCCUCCGUCAGCCUUCCCCAAGGUGAAGAUUCAGAUUCUAAGCAACUGGGGCCAUCCACGUUUCACAUGCUUAUAUCGAGUCCGUGCCCAUGGUGUGCGGAUCUCAGAGUGGGCAGAGGACAAUGCCACAGGGGUCACUGGGGGGCCCCAUUAAAAAUGCUGAUGGUUGGAGUAGAAUUGAGAUUUGUGCUAAAGAAAACCGCAUCAGUGCUGAGAGGUCACCUUUUGGGGAAAGCUCUGGCUGCCUAUGGCAGGUCAGUCUGGCAGAAUAUGGCCUCAACACAUCCUCUUUUCCUGGUAUAGUGGCAGCAGCUGGUGUUUACAGUGCCUACAAUAUGCAAGAGACAAUGUUGUAGUUUUUCUAUACUGUACAAGGUGCAGCUUGAUCCUCAGUCCAGAGAAAAUUGCUCAGACAACCUCUACUUGUACUAGUGAAAAGUAACACAAGAAUGGGGCCUUCCUCAGGAGACAUCCCUUUUCAACUGGAGAACUACCAGGCAGGCAGCUGAAGCCAUACUUGUGUUCAAUCCCUACCCCCAAAUCCUGGAAAUGUCCUCAGUUCCUCCUAUGUACAGAUAGAGGGGAAACUCUCCUCUGGCAAACACUGAAAAGCUAAGAUCUGGAAAUUCCUAGGAAUCCUUGAGUCAAAGCUGACCUAGGCCCGGUAGCCCUCAUGCAGUUAGUCAUUACUAGCCUUAGGUGUACGUCAUCUGAUGUUCAUCAGACUCACAAAUCCUCACUGUAAUGGUUAAAAGAACUGGGGGAGGGGGAGCAUGCAAAUAGGCAGUCAAAUAAUUAGAGUUCCUAAGGGUGGAAAAGAGAAACUAGUAUGAGCAAAGAAAAGCAUUAUUUACCUUGGAUGUUGGGAUCCUUCCUACUGGUAUGUGUGGCAGAACACUUACCCACCUAUUUAAAUUAGGGUGAUAGAUAGUAUUUUGUCAUUUGAAGACAUAAGUGCCCACACCAAGUAUUCUCAAAACCUAAGGUUUGGGGGCUGGAGAGAUGGUUCCAGUGGUUAAGACCAUUGGCUGCUCUUCCAGGAUAUGAGAUUGAUUCCCAGCACCCACAGCAGCUCACAACCACCUGUAACUCCAGUUCUAGGGGAUCUGAAACCCUCUUCUAGCCUUCUCAGACACUAGGCACACAUUCAAGCAGGCAAAACACCCAAACCUAUAAAAAUUCAAUAACAAAAGCCAAGGCUAGGACUAAAGAGAUGUCUCAGGAGGGAAAGGCCACCAAGCCUGACAAUUAGAACUUAAUCCCCGGGACCCACAUGGUAGAACAAGAGAACCAACUCCACAAAUCUAUCCUCUGACCUCCCACAUGCUGUGGCACUUUCAUACAAAAAAUUUAAAUGUAAUAAAAAAAAUUAAGGGUCAUUAAUUAAGAUGACUCAAGUGGGUUACAGGGGCUUGCCCCCAAGUCAGAUGAGCUGAAUUCAGUCUCUAGGACCCAUACAAUAGAGAGCCAAGUCCCACAGGUUGUCUUUUGACCUCCAUGUGUACCAUGAUACAUACACAUGCACACAUACAAAUUAAUGUAGUAGGAACAAAUUAAAACUAAGAUUAAAAAUACAACUAAGGAGCAGGGCAGUGGUGGCGCACACCUUUAAUCCCAGCACCCGGGAGGCAGAGCCAGGCGGAUCUCUAUGAGUUUGAGGCCGACCUGGGCUACCAAGUGAGCUCCAGGAAAGGCGCAAAGCUACAGAGAAACCCUGUCUCGAGAAAAAAAAAAAAAUAGAACUAAGGGCUGGGCAUGGUGGUGUCCAGAUGCCUUUAAUUCCAGCACUCAGGAGGCAAAGGUAAGGAAUUUCUGAGUUUGAGCCCAGGAGUCAGUACUACAUAGACCCUGUCUCAAAAAAACCAAAAAGAAAAAAAUAGGAUUAAAAACUGGGCAUGGUAGUGCACACCUUUAAUCCCAGCACUUGGGAGGCAGAGGCAGGGACAGGUGGAUUGAUAAGAGCUAGCAGAGCAUCAGUUUACCUAGUCUGCAAAUGCCCAUGGUCCUGGAUUCAAUUCUCAGUACACAUACACAGAGGGCAGUUUAACCAUAGGAAGCAAAAUCCUUAAGACUUCAUUUUUUCCCCAUCUAAGGCUGGGCUAAACUCACUGUGUAGCCCAGGUUAGCAUAAAGUUCAAGGCAAUACUCCUGCCUCAGGCACUCCAGUGCUAGGACCAUAGACAUGAACCACCUCAUUCAGCUUCUGUUCACACUUUUCAUACAUGUCUAAUGAGUGUGCGUACCAUUGCUAGUGUGGACGGCAGAGGACAACUGUGUGGGGGUUAAUUUUCUCCUUCCACCUUUACAUGGACUCUAUGAUAGAAUUCAGGUGGUUUGGCUUCUAUAAGCAAGCACUUAAUCCAGUUAGCAAUCUCCUAAGGUCCUCUCUUUUUUGAACAGGGUCUUAAAUAGCCCAGGCUAUCCUCAGACUGUGUAGUAGAAGAUGUCUUUGAACUCUAGAGCCUACUACAGAUACUCAAAGAUAAGCUAAGUAAGUGGUAGAGCCUGACUCUAGCAUGACUUAGACCCUAGUGGGCACAAUUCCCAGCACCAAACACAAAACAAGACAAAAAACAAAUGCAGCCACUGAGGAGUAUUUAUUAUUAUUGAUAUACGGAUACAUUUUAAAAAGCAGAUUAGCAUAUAUAAAAAAUAAAAUUUUCAUAUUGCAUAUAAAAACAUGAAACAGUAACAGCUGAGGGAACAGACUUUGAACAUAUUGAAAAGAACAAUCAAGACUCUGACACAUACAGCCCAGGAGCAGGCUGCUGAGGAGGAAGUAAAUGUAUCAACAAUACCUCGUCUACAUAUGGAAGGAAGUUCAAGAUGAGUGUGAGUUGACAAAUGGAAUGAGUGGGACUAUAGCGUUCACAGAAGGCUACCUGUGAUACCUGCUGAAACUGUAAAUGUCCUGUGAUCUAUCAUUUCCACAUCUAGGAACCAAUUCCUCAAAUAUCUAUGUAAGCAGAACAAAAGGAAUCUCAGGAGAUUACUAAAUUCUGGUUAUUAUAAGAAUAGUGCCUUUAAUCCCAGCACUCGGGAGGCAGAGCCAGGCAGAUCUCUGUGAGUUCGAGGCCAGCCUGGGCUACCAAGUGAAUUCCAGGAGAGGCGCAAAGCUACACAGAGAAACCCUGUCUCGAAACACCAAAAAAAAAAAAAAAAAAACAAAAAAGAA